UAGGUUUCAGAAUUGGGAUCCAAAUAAUGGAAGUGAGAAGACUGAUGUGUAUUACAAGAAGGUGAUCAAAGCCAAUCCUGGGAAUCCUCUGCUUCUUGGCAAUUAUGCAAGGUUCUUGAAAGAGGUGAAGGGCGAUUUGAUCAAGGCUGAAGAAUAUUGUGGUAGAUCAUUGUUGGCAAAUCCAAGUGAUGGAAGUGUAAUGUCAUUGUACGCGGAAUUGAUAUGGCAAUCCAAUAAGAAUGCAGCUGCUAGAGCUCAGACUUACUAUGAUCAAGCCAUUCAAACUUCUCCCAUUGAUUGUUAUGUUUUAGCAUCCUAUGCACACUUUCUAUGGGAUGCGGAGGAUGAAGAAGAAGAGGAGAACGAUAACAACGAAGGGAGACAGAACAUCGAGUACAUUGUUGAUAGAUCAAAACCUUGUUUGGUUCGAUGAAUAAUGUAACUUAAUUUGGUUGAGAUCGAAUGAGUAACAACUUGCAAGCAUAGAGAUAAAUUUGUAUACUUGUAUAAUCCAAUCCCUUAGGUUUUUAAUUAUUUAUGCUAUGUUUGUAACAUGUGUUUUAUACUCCUUUUCACCAUUCAUACAAGAAGCAUAAGUGCCUCAUUGCUAGUGACACUAUUAUUUAAUAUGUGAUAAAUAUAAUAUCGAUAUC